AUGAUCAACUUUUGGAUUUUUGGACUUUUCUGUCUUAUUGGCAUUUCUUCAACACACCCAAAUGCACCACCUGUGUUUGUUAAACUGGGAGAAAGUGUUAAUAUGUCGUGCAUAUACCAGAGUCAGAUGGCAAGGCACUUCUCAUGGUACAAGCACAAACCUGGACAGAAUCCUAUGCUAAUCUCCACCAUUUACAAAAACGUACAGUUCUCAGACUCUGCCACGUACUACUGUGGAGGCGCUUAUUCCAAUGUAAUGGAAGUUGUCAAAGGGACAAGGCUGAUAGUUCAAGGUUUGGAAAAGCACACUGUAGUAAAACAGCAUGAUUUAAUUCCAUCCCAUUCUGGAGAUUCAGUGAGUCUUACAUGCACUGUUUUGAACCAGAAAUGUGUUGGAAAUCACAGCAUGUAUUGGCUCAUAAUUGAAUCGCAAGACUCUCCUCCAAGAAUCAUUAGCACUCAUGGAACUCCUGUUGAUCAGUGUGAAUGGAUCUCUGACGCUGAUUUUAGAGCACUCAGAUGCGUCUACAGCUUCUCCAGGAAGGACUUCAGACUUUCUAACAGUGCAACUUACAGCUGUACAGUUACCGCAUGUGGAGAAAAACUGGACAGGAAUGGCUCUAAACUGGACAUAGAUGCUGAUUCCACAGAAGAGAUGAUGAUUUUGGUUCUUCUUUCCAUUGCUAGAACAUGUCUUCUUUUAUUGGUUAUUGUUAUGGUUAUUAUUUGGUAUUGUGUUUAUUCAAAACGAAUUUCCAAAAAUGUCCAUUAUCCAUCUGAUGUGGCUUUCCGAAACCGACAAUCCCCAAGAAAGAGAAGACCUGGUUUAAUGAUUAACUCAGUUUCUAACCAGCAGUAA